GCGCCUGCGCGGGGCGGGACGGGACGGGCGGCCGAGGCUUGGUGGCGACGGAGAGAGCGGAAUACCUUGGGUUCCACUGCAGAAUGGUGUUCAGUCACUGACUUCAGAAGCAGAAGACCCCUCUGGGAGAGUGCAGAAGAAAAGUGAGUUGCCUCCCACCUUUCCUCUUCUCCUGGCCACUGGUGGUGAUCUCUCAGGUGCUGCAGGAGGGGAGAGCCCCCAGACUGGGCAGUGACUGAUGGGCUGCAGCAGGGACAAGCAGCUCGCACCAGGCAGAUACCCACAGCAGAGAGGACAGCUGCAGCUGAACUGAUGCAUCUUGGCACCUGAAACCAAGCUCAGCUUCUGAUAUGAAGAAAGACAUCGAGUCUUUUAUAGCCCAGGAAAAGGCGGAGAUUAUUGCCAAGUAUGAGAAGGGCAGGCAGGAAGGAGCUCAGAUUGACCCAUGGGAAGAUGCUGAUUUCACCCUGUAUAAAGUUACAGACCGGUUUGGAUUCCUGCACGAGCAGGAGCUACCAACCCGCACAGCCCUGGAGGAGAAGCAAAAACAGCAGGAAAUCGAACGUGUGGACAAGUGGAUAAAGAUGCUGAAGAAAUGGGGCAAAUACAGAAACAGUGACAAGAUGUGCCGUCGGGUUUACAAAGGGAUCCCCCUCCAGGUGAGAGGCCAGGUCUGGUCACUGCUGUUGGAUGUUGAGAAGAUGAAGAAGGAGAACGAAGGAAAAUAUGAGCAAAUGAAAGAACAAGCAAAGAAGUUUUCCUCAGAAAUCAAGCAGAUAGAUUUGGAUGUUAACCGCACCUUCCGAAACCACAUCAUGUUCCGGGAUCGCUACGGAGUCAAGCAGCAGGCACUCUUCCAUGUCUUGUCAGCAUACUCGGUUUAUAACACUGAAGUGAGCUACUGCCAAGGGAUGAGCCAGAUUGCAGCCAUUCUCCUGAUGUACUUAAAUGAAGAGGAUGCAUUUUGGGCACUGGCCCAGCUGCUGACCAACCAGAGGCAUGCCAUGCAUGGUUUUUUCAUUCCUGGGUUCCCAAAGCUGCAGAGAUUUCAAGCUCAUCAUGAGAAGAUUUUAAACAAGCUGUUUCCCAAACUGAAGAAGCACAUGGACAAGGAGCAGAUGACUACAGGGAUUUACACAACCAAGUGGUUCCUGCAGUGUUUCAUUGACCGGACCCCCUUCACCCUUACCCUGAGGCUGUGGGAUAUCUAUAUCCUGGAAGGAGAGCGGGUGCUGACUGCCAUGUCCUACACCAUCCUCAAACUGCACAAAAAGCGUUUGCUGAAGAUGACACUGGAAGACUUACGGGAGUUUCUGCAGGAAAAAACUGCCACUUCCCUGCAGUACGAGGACGAUGCCAUCAUCGAGCAGCUGCAGGUGUCAAUGACUGAGCUGCGCAGGAUGAAAAUCGACCUCCCCCCCCCAGCAAAGCCUGAAGAAUUCCCACGGAAACCCCUGGGUCUGGAGCUCUCCCUCAACCUAGUAGCUGUGAAGAGCAAUGUGGCAACCAGUGGCCAGAAUGGCUGUGUGGGUGAGCACUCCGUGGACAGGGACACCCCUCCCCACAGAGGUCCUGGGGUGCUGGAAGGAAUGGGGGAGGUGAAGACUCCCUCCCUCCAGGGCAAUGAAGUAGCUGAAGCAACAGACAUCCACCUGCAUCCUCCUGAUGGGGGUCUGCUGGGAGAAGCAGAGCCCACUGGGGAUGGGCAGCCACCCUCUUCUCUGAAAGCAAGCAAGCCAGAGGCCCACCUACCCCCAGCUCUGCCUCUGGAACAGCCUCUUCUCCCUCUCAGCUGUGCCAUGAUGGAUGACAAGUCAGUCUCUCUCCCCACCCCAGCGGAGCAGAGCUCCUUGGACUCCUCUCUCCAAAACACAUCAAGUUCUCCUCCCAGUUUGAGUGCUGCUGAGCUUUCUGCUAUGGACCAUGUGGCAUGGCAGCCAAAUCUUGCUGCCCUGCCAGGAGGAGAGCAAGCACCUUCCCUCUGCAAAGAGAGAGCACUGGAUGCACCCCCUCCUCCUCUGCCAGGCAGCUGGCAGCAGCUCCCCAGCACACCGCAGCACGGUGGCUCCCAGGAGAGCAAGGGCUGGGACCCAGUGGCUGAGAAGCACUGCAGAGCAGCACUGCUGGAUAGGAGGGACCUGAAACGUUUGACAUCCAAAGCUGCAUCCACAGGGGACCUCAGCAGCUUGGGCCAGGCCAGGCCAGGGAGCACCCUGGGGUCUGUGCACUGGGCUGGGCAUGGGCUGGGAGGUGGCAGCAUUCCUGCCUGGCUGGGCAGUGACCUGGGGGCAGCAGGGCUGGGGCAGGACUGUCCCUUCCAGCAGGUCCCACCCCACACAGUGAUGGAGAACAGUCCCUACAGUGUUCUCAGAACCAUCACUCCCCUCCAGCUGGCCCAUGCAGCAGAGCAGGAUUUCUCCAGCAGCAAGCAGGUGGCAUUGCCUCUACCAGAGACUGCACAGCCCUUGCCUGCUACCUCUGUGCCACCACCUCUUGUGCUGGACCCAGAGGAGGCAGAUGGAAAAAAAAGCCUCCACAAAGCAUUAAAUGUACUGAAAGUCCCAUGGUCUGUCCCAAGCCCCCAUCCCCAGGUUGCCAAAUCUUCCUCAGACAACAGUUUCCUUUCAGGCUCCCCUCCUCGGGCAAAGCUGCCCAAAUCAGUGACAUUUUAGUGGCGGUGGGGGAAGAUGAGGAAGAGGAAGCAGGUGCUGGAGCAGCACCCUCAGCCCAUUUUUGGGGUCCCCCUUUCAGCAUGGGUGUGUCUGGGUGACAGCACAGCAGCCACUGCCUGUACCUCUGCUUUGGGAUGAGCACCCAGCAAGGAGUGGUGGCCCUCAGCACCAGCAAAUUGAGUUUGCAUCUUUCCUAUGGACAAACUGGAAAGUGCUCUCAGUUUUUGUUCCUUGGUGCUCACCAAGUACUGUUGUAUUUUGGGGGAGAUGCUGGUGAAUGUCUUUUCUUGUGCUCCUGCUUGCCAUAGUUACCCAUGGCCAGGAAAGUGGGUGCAAGGCACAGGAGCCCAAAAUGCUUUCUUUAAAAUGCCUGAUCAGUGCAGCCAUCAGCAUUGCUUUUAAAGGCCUUUGUAGCAAUAGAUCUUUAUUUCUUUUCCCAGGCUCUGCCUUGGAAGGCAGCAGCAUUUUCAGGCAGGGCCAUGGUGCCUUCUCUAUGCAAUGCCCAGCCGUGCCUGGUGGAUGCUGUCCCAGAGGGAGGUUGAGCAGCCUGGGAGUCCCUGGGGAGGGGACAUUCUCCUUGGUGCCACCCCAGGAUGGAUCUUUCCCUGAGUUCCCAAGGUGACAAGGACACAGUUGAAGGUUGAGCCCUGUUUUUUAGGGCUCAGUGGCCUUUCUGCUGGCGUGUCCCUUGCAGGUCCAGGGUGGUGAGCAGGCUUGCUGCCUUUUGUUUGGUUGAACAGGAAGAAUGGCUGCUGCCUGGGGAAAGCUUCUGCCUUUCCUGGGAUGCUCCUGGAGGUGUGAUGGUGUCUAAUCACAGUGGUCAAGCUGAAGCCUGCUUUUACUUGGAGCGAGUCAAGUGUCAGGGUGGGAUGGGCACAGGAACUGGGAAAAGGGGCACACAUUGCCCAGAAGCUGAUAUUAGGUUUUUUUGGCUUGGCCCAUCCAGAAAUCAACAGCUAAAGAAACCUGGGCACAGGGGGUUGGAAGCUGAUGCUGUGGAGUGUUAAGUUCCCCUCAGGCCACUGCUGAGGAGGUAAUAAAAUAGGUUCCCAUAUCCCCACCUCAGGCACCAAGUCCUGUCUGUCCCCCCCAUCCCAAGGUCUCUGCUGCACAGCCUUAAGCCUUGGCUGGAUGUGCAGGGACAGCUCAUCCCAGUGAAGAAGCUGCUUCACAGUCCUGUUCCCAGUGUCUGCUUCAUCCCUGCACAGGAAGCAGCAGAUCAACGGAAGCAGCAGGAAAUGAAGUGGUGUAGAUGUGUUUGCUGUCCAGAAGGGAUGGCUGGAGGGAUUCCCAUCUCUUCAUGGAGACCUUGGGCAAAAGCUCAAUUCUUAGGAGACUUUGAAAACUUUUUUUUAUUUCACAGGCUGCUUCAGUAACAUUUACCUGAUCUGAAGUCUACCUGCAAGCCCAGCAGAAAGCUUACUACUCUGUGGGCUUUAUCAGGUUGGUUUUUGGGGGGCUUUGUUGGGUUUUUUGUUUGGUUUUUUUUUUCUUAUGUGCAUGUGGAGGUUUACAUAAGCACCAGAAGUGUGUCAAAGAGAUGAACCCAUCUUUGUUUGAAUGUAGCCAGCUAAUCACAGCACCCUCAGCUUCUGUCUGACCCCAUCUGCUGUCUCUCCAGCCUUGCCCAUCCUCUUUCCCUCUGCAGAGCAGGGAUAUAACCCUGUCUGUCACCUACCUCACAGGUGUGCUGAGGAGCUGGGAGCUGCACUUUGAGAACUGCUCUCUAUGAAUGUUCAGUAUUUGUGUUUUGAGACUCAGGUCCUUUCUAGGACAACAGGGCUUGAACUGUGUUUAAUUUAGAGUACAUUUUUCAGUAACCAUGCAGUAGCUAAACCUAUUUGUGUGUUCAAAUACCUGGGCAGUAAUUCAGGACAGGUAUUGUUGCUUUUUGCCAGCAGCCCACUGUCCUCUGGAGCUCCCUGAGCAGCAGCUGAGUGCUGGUUUUUGGCUUGUUUUCUGUAGCCUGGGGAGGGAUCUGUUCUCUCCUUGAAGCACUCAGAGGACUCCUGGUAACAGUCAGGAAUUUGGGUCAAGCGUGCAAGAGCUGAGACCUCUUUUCCCUCAUUUUGGGCACAGAGCCUUUGCCUAUUGCAUUGCACGUGCACCUGGGCUCCUCACUGAGCAUGUCUGGGGUAGUUUGCAGUAUUCACACUUUAAAAAGUGGUUUUUGCUCUAAUGUUGGAAUGUUGUCAAAUAUCCAGUACUUACAGCAUGACAUUUCAUGCACAGUGGCCAACAAGAAUGUGGGGCAGGGGGAUGGGCCUCUUCUUCAAGCCCUAACAGGAAUAAGCAGCAAGGUGCUCAGUCACUUCCAGGCUUAGGGAAAAAACUCCAUCUGGUUCCAGUGUCCAGGCGGACACAAGCUCCCUGCUCACACCAGUCCGCUUCUUGCUGGGAAGGUCUCUGAGCUCCUCACCAACCUCUCACCCCUGAAAUCUGGGAACAAAGGAGCCUGAGCUGGCAAUGUGGAUCCCUUUCCCUGGAAUGAUGCUCUCCUGUCAGCCCCUCCAAGCAGGAACUACCAGACACAUCUUCUGCCUCUCACUGCAGGUAUUGCAGCCUGGGCAAGUCUGUGGCAUCAGGGUCAGACAGCAGGGAGCCCAACCUGGGCUGUUUUGCUGAGGACAGGAAGGAAAGAAGAAAGGCAAGGGCAGAAACAACAAAUCCCAGCCCCUUGCACCCCUGCCCCAGCCUCAGCCCCGGGGCAGAAGGCACAAGAACUGCAGCUCCAGGAGCAGCUGCCCCUGAUCCUGCCCUUCCAGCCCUAAGACAGCUCCCACUCACUGCCCUCAAUGCAGUUUUGAAGACCAAGGUUGCAGGUUUGGGUUGAUUUGGGUAUUUUUUGGUAUGGUUAGUGUCAGGCAGCAGGGUCCCAGUGAGCAGCUCCAGCAGGAACUGGAGCUGUGGUCAGGGACUCAGCCCUGCACUGUGGGAACCUGGCCAGAGGCUGCUUUGCUUUUGAAUUGCUGAGCUUCUGUACAGCCUGUAACCACCUCUUGUGACCCUUUCUAAUGUAUUAUAAUCAUUACUUUAAAAGUC